UCUAUAGGUAUGAGAUGAAGCAAGAAUUUUCGGAGCAGCAAGUGGACAACGAUUCCCUAGAAGUGAUCAAGAACACUGUACAGAAUUUAAACACCUCACUUCCUAGACUAGUUAUCGACCUGCAUUCUCUAAAAGGCUGUUCGGUGAAAGAGGGCGCAUUAAAUACACCAGCUCCGAUAUCCUACUUCGAAUCUGGACAGAUAGAUUACUUAAAACAAAUUCUCAUCCUAAGAAAAUACAUCGAGCAGCUUCCAGACACUUUAAAAUGCGAGCUAAAGGAUUUCAUACCACCACUGUGUGUUUUCUUGUAUCAUGAAUUGAGACAGAGACAGAGCAAAGAGGUUUACAUCAGCUUUCUUGCUAAAAUAGUCGAAUUGAAGAUUCUUGCAAGUGCGAAUGAAGUAGAUGAUCAAGAUUAUUUUAACACGAAACAUGUGAUCAGUUUGUCAAGAAAUACUUAUGAACAUUUGAUCGACCUAAUUACUCAGCAGGAAUGGUUGUCAAUCCUAUCAGUCACAAAUCAGAAGUUUGUUUUUGACAUCAAGAAAGAAUCAAAUCAGAAAGUCACGGAACCAAAAUCCCAGACUGCUUUACAAAAAGCAUGUUCAAACUUAGAAUUGGGUCUCGGACCAUCCUCGUUUUCGUUUGUGAAAACAAUUAAAGUCACGAACAAAAACACCAUUUUAUGCAUGACGUUGACGCCCGAUAACAAAACUCUCCUGGCUUCUUCAACCGACUCAACAAUCUACAAGUGGUCCAUGACCAGCAGUCCACCCUCCCAAAUCUCCCAAUCCAACUCCAAAUCAGCCCCCAAAACCCCACUGCCAGCCCCAGAAACAAGUGUUAUGUACGACGAGCACUUCUCAGUUGAUCAGGGAGAAAGUGACCGGCUUUAUGUUGAACUAAGGGGUCACUCAGGGCCCGUAUACUGGGUGUGUGUUAAGGGAACGCACGCUCUAUCCGCCUCUCAUGAUGGCUCUGUGGCCCUCUGGGAUCUUCAGACAGACCGGAUGGUGUACAAAUACUGUGGUCACUCAAAAUGGCCCGUAUUCCACGUCAACUUCUCCCCAGUCACCCCCUUCUUCUGCACAGCUUCCCACGACACCACUGCCAAGCUCUGGCGCACUGACCACUCCUCGCCGCUGCGCAUCUUUGCGGGGCACAGCGCCCCCGUGUCGCGCUGUGAAUUCCACCCUAACGGCAGCUACGUGGUGACUGCUAGUGAGGAUCUCAGUUGUAGGCUGUGGGAUGUUAGCAGCGGGAAUUGUGCACGUGUUGUUCCGUUCAAAUCAUACGUAUCAGCGCUGGCCAUAUCUCCAAACGGGAAGGUUUUAGCUUGUGCUCUCGUCUCAGGGGACGUGUUACUUUGGGAUAUUGCCACAACCAAAGUGCUCAGAAAAUACGCCACCGAGAACUCGCCCCAAACAAACGGUUACCACAGCGACACCACGCACAAAGUGCAGAAGAAGGUUAUCUCGCACUGCACGUUUGUCCACGAAAAUACCCUGGUAACAGGGGACUCUCACGGAAACAUCAUGGCCUGGGACACGAGACUCCACAGUAAACUCCACAGUAAACCAAUACAGCACGUCAAUGUAGCUGGGAGAGUGAAGGGACUUUCUUGUAAUAAGUCAGGACUGUUGGUUGUGGGCAUCCUGUGAAUAUGUACAGCUUGUAACCAAUGGUAACAAGUGGUAACCAAUGGUAACCAAUGGUAACCAUCAGUUAUCAGUUACCAUGGGUAACUAAUACGUUCAAAUAUAGUUCAAAUCGAAGUUAAAGUGUUGACUGAGGGUACUUAUAAUGUGUAUGUUAAAGGUCUGCAUUUUACAGAAGCACGUGUAAACCCCUGCUAUACCAUACACACUGUGUAAUGAGUAUCGUAUAGUAGUGGUUGCUGUUGCUUUAUUUGAAGUCCUGAUUUUAUUGGGGAAGUGUGAAGUUUUACUAGCGAGAAAAAUUUAAAUUUUUUCAAUAAUAACAGCCAGUAUUACCAGACCAAGAGUUAACUCCGUAAGGCUGGGUAUCGUUUUCUUUUAUUUAAUAUAAUAUUUGUUAUUUUCUUAUUUUUCUUUCGAGUGGACUAAUCAAUAUCGUGUGGUAGCUAUAGUUUGUUUAAAGUGUGACUUUAAAGUCCGCCCCACUGUAUUUUUGGUUUUGCUUAUUACUGCAGUAUAUUUGUCAUUGAUAGUUUAUUAUCAAUAAAUGAUAUUUCAUAUAAUUAUAGUUAGAUGAUAGUAUUUUUUCAAAACAAAUUGUUCAAUAUCAUGCAAUUUUAGAUUCUGCAUUAUCAUUCCAAUACCCAAUUCUUAUUAUUAUACACUUUCGGAGUUUUCUUCAUUGCACUCGAAUCAUUUUCAAACAUUUCAUUCCAGUAAGGCCAUCCAUCAUGAAUUUAGCUAUGUAACAAAUUGCGAUUUAAUGUUUUCUGAUAACUAAUAUAGCAAAUUAAACAUCUGAAGGAAAGCCCAUGAUUUAAGCACAUACAUGAUACAAGUGCCAAAAUAGAGCCACCCUCACCUCGCCCACUACGCAAAACACUAAGCAGUAAAUAAAACUGAUCGCCUAACUCCCCCCCCCACACAG